UAGGACGAUUUUUCACCCCAUCCCUCCCAGUGCUUCGCUCUCGUCCCUCAUCUCAUCUCCUUUCCCCUUUUCCCUUCCCGGCACCCUCCGCCUCCUGUCCAGCUGGUUCCUUGGUUUCAGUUGUCCCUGCUCUCUCUUGCCUGCUGGUCGUCCAGCUGUCUGGCACUCUGCCCUCUCUGGUUCCGGCCACCUGUUUCUCGCUCGCCCCUCCAGGUGCGCACGGGGUACCCAGGGCCCCGCUGCGCGUGCGCCUUGAACUCUUGGGCAGCAAGAUCCCACAGUCGGGAGAAACUUCAGCCGCAGGGUUUGCGGUGAGCAUCGCAUCCAAGCCCGGCGACCGACACUCGCGUGAGGCUGGGCCAGGCGACUGCACUUCUGCGCGAUGGGCUGCUCCAGCAGCGCCCUCAACAAGACGGGCGACAGCAGCAGGUUCCGCAGCGGAGUACCUUCAAAUGAGGAUCCUUCCACUGGAGAACAAAGCAAGUUCUGCGUGGCCCAACCCACACCAUGUACACCAGGAAGAGAAGCUGCCCUUUACGGCAAUGCACAAAGGGCUGGCCAUGCCCCGUUAGAGAAGCCCAAGGCUUCAGUGGUGCCCACCGCCAAUGGUGUUAAAUCCUGCCACCCACCGUCUCUGGCAAAUGAUGAGGCCCCUAGAAAGGAUGCCACAGACCAGACAGGACCCACAAAGGAGACUGAGCCUCUAGUGCAAGGGGAAGAAUCUGAGCUACCUCAGCCAGAGGGCAAAGAUGGAACGCUGGAAAUGGAGGAAACGAAGAAAGAUGUGGAGACAAGGACAGAGGCCCAGUCUUUAAAAGGAACCGCUGAGACUGAGCCUCUAGGAACAGAAGCCAGGAGUCAGCCUCCGAGGACACCAGGAGAGAGGGAGGACACUGAGAUUCCACAAACUGCUGGAGUGACGGAGCUUCCAGAAACAGCUGAGAAGACUCUGCCUCUGGAAACAGCUAAGGAGCUACGACCUGAAGAAGCAACGGGAAAGAAUGCACAGCCCCAGAUUGCAGAAGCGAUUCCCAAAGAGGACAACUCUGCAGAAAUAGUGGAAGGAUAUCAGUCUGUGGAACAAGUUGAACAAAAGGAACUUCAAGAGACCUUGAAGGACGAACAGUUCCAGCUUCUAGAAGCAAGUCCCCAAGAGAACAGCUCUCCCAAAGUAGCAGAAGGGGGUCAGUCUGCAGAAAGCAGUGAAGAGCAGCAACCUCGGGACACACCGUGCAAAGACGAGCAGCCCCAACUUCUAGAAACCGUUCUCAAAGAGAACGAAACACCACAAGCGCCAGACAGAAGCCAACUUGUGCAAACUCCUGGAAUGAACCAGUCACUCUGUGAAACUCCUGAUGGGACCAGGGCCGCCCAUGAAUCUCAACCCGAAGCAACAGCUGGAAGCAGGGAGCAGCUGGCCGGAACUGCAGAGACAGCGCCAGAAGUGGAAAUGGCCAGAGAAAUUCACACCGAUGAAGAGGAGCAACGCAUUGAAGGUGAGACAGGAGAGAAGGUGGAAGCAAAGAUGAAAACCGAGAGAGAAAGUGAAGAAGCCAAAGAAAAGGAGACAGGAGAAGCCAUGGGUCUCGGAGCUGCAGGGGACAGCGACGGAAGGGCUAGCGCACACAGCGCGUCGUAGCAAAGGGAGGGAAAAUUUGCGGCUGUGGGGGCACACGCCGUCGUCUUUCUGUGGCUAUGUGGUUUAUACAAGGAGUGUGGCUGUAGACUGACUUAGGAACAGGAGAACAAAUGCUGUUUUUGAUUGUGUUAUGCCAUAAAACUGCUAAGCUAGACAAGGUGUUUUUAGGUACUUAGGAUAAUUAUGCUUUCAAAGUGACAAUAGCCAAAGCCAAUAAAAACUGUAAGACCAUUUAA